GUGGGUUUCCGUAGAAGAUGCACAGCAUGGAAGCAGAGCAUGACGGGAACACACGUGGAGAUUGGUGUGUGUUUUUAUGCGACUAUGUUUGCCGCAGACUGGUGUCCUUAACGUUUUUAAGCUCUUUUCCUACAUUAUCUGUCAAUGUAACCACUGACGGGAUUCACAUUUGACAGGUUGGUGCAACAGAGAAAACGUAACUCUUUCGGCAGUAAAACAGAAACACAGACAUGUCUUCCAAAAAGAAUCAGGAUGGCGACGACCGCUUUCUCAAAGUCAAAAAGGACCCCCGGUUUUGGGAGAUGCCCGACAAGGACCGCAAAGUCAAGAUUGACAAGCGUUUCCAGUCCAUGUUCCACGACGACCGAUUCAAACUGAAGUACACCGUCGACAAGCGGGGCAGACCCGUCAACCACACCUCGGCAGAAGACCUGAAACGGUUCUACAAGGUGUCAGACUCGGAUCUUUCUGACGACGAGCAACAAGAAGUAAAGAAAGAGAAGAAGAAAAAGAAAAAUAAGAAGGCAGAGGUAGAGGAGCAUGAGGAUGAAGAGGUCCAGGAGGAGGAUGAAGAUACCCCAAAGGAGAAGAGUUUGAACGAAGACAAGAAAACCUCUAAACAGAAGGACGUAUCACUCAAGACAGCAAAGCCAACCAAAGGGGUGAAGGUUUAUGAAGAAGGUGAGGAAGAGGAGGAACCAAGUGAUGAAGAGGGAGAUGAGGAGGAUGACUCUGAUCUGGACGAAGGUCUUUCAGAAGGCAGUGAGGAGGAGGAGGAGGAGGACGAUGAUGAUGAUGAUGAUGACGACGACGAUGAUGAUGAAGAAGGUUCUGAGGAUGAAAGUGACAGUGGGCCAGAUCUGGCAAGAGGGAAGGGCAACAUCGAGACCAGCUCAGAAGAGGAAGAUGAUGACGAUGACGACAAGGCUGGUGAGGUGGAUGACUUUCUUCGUCGCGAGGAAGAGGACAUCAUACACGACUGGGGCGAGAUGUGGAAGGAUGCCCCUCGCACUGAUGAUAUGUCCAGGCGUCUGGCGGUGUGCAACAUGAACUGGGACAGGAUGAAGGCCAAAGACCUCCUGGCUCUCUUCAACUCCUUCAAGCCCAAAGACGGCGUCAUCCUCUCUGUCAAGAUCUACCCGUCUGAGUUUGGUAAGGAGCGUAUCCAGGCCGAGCAGACCCAGGGCCCGAUGGAGCUCAGCGCACUCCCAGAGGACUUUGAUGACACCGGAGACACCGAGGAGAAGAGGCUCUACAGAGAGAAGAUCAGGGACUACCAGUUCAAGCGUCUGCGGUACUACUACGCGGUGGUAGAGUGCGACUCCGUGACGACGGCCGCCAAGAUCUACGAGGAGUGCGACGGGUUCGAGUACGAGAGCAGCUCCUCCACCAUCGACCUGCGGUUUAUCCCAGAUGACACUACAUUUGAUGAGGAGGAGCCCACUGACUCUGCUGUGGAUGUGGACAGCACCAAGUAUCAGCCCAAAGUCUUCGAAAGCGCCUACACCACCACUGCUAAUGUGGAGUUGACGUGGGAUGAGACGGACCACGAUCGCGUGACGGCCUUCACCAGGAACUUCAAGAAGGACGAGCUGCUGGACAUGGACUUCAAGGCCUACCUGGCCUCCUCCAGCGAGGAAGAGGAGGAGGAGCAGGAGGAGAUAGAACAAGGGGAUGAUGAAGAAGAAGAGGAGGAGGAGCAACCUGAGGAAGUGCCAGAAGUUCCUGAACCUGUGGUGGAAAAGGAGGAGGAGGCGAAAGAGAAGACAAAGGUCAAGAAAAAUGAUAAAGCAAAGGAGAAGAAAAAGAUGAAAAAGAAGCCUAAAAAAGAAGACCAGAUCGCCAAGUACCGAGAGCUGCUAAUGGGCAUCCAGGAGAAGGAGAAGAGCAAAGAUCGGGGCGUGGAGAUGGAGGUUACCUGGGUACCAGGGUUGAAGGAGAAGACAGAGCAGCUGGUGAAGAAGAAACUGGAGGCGGAGAAGGAUCUGACGCCCUGGGAGGAGUACCUGCAGAAGAAGAGGGACAAGAAGAAGGAGAAGAGGCAACAGAAAAAGGAGGCAGCUGAAGAGGCCAUCAGCGAUGACGACCUGCCCUCGGACGUGGACCUCAAUGACCCCUUCUUCUCCGAGGAGCUGGGCACCACAGGCAUCAAGGGUAAAGGCAAGGGCAAGAAGAACAGGAAGGAAGUGGAGGAGAAGACGCCGGAGGAGAUGGAGGAGAUGGAGAGGCAGAAGGCUGAGAUGGCGUUGCUGAUGGAUGACGACGAGGGUGAUGCGCAUAAACACUUCAACUACGACAAGAUCGUGGAGCAGCAGAACCUCAGCAAGAAGAAGAGGAAGAAGAUGAUCAAGACCAACACACCACUCGAGGAGGACAGCUUCCAGGUGGACCUGAAGGAUCCCCGUUUCGACGCCAUGUACACCUCCCACCUGUACAACCUGGACCCCUCGGACCCCAGCUACAAGAAGACCAAGGCCUCGCUGAGCAUCGUGGAGGAGAAGCAGCGGCGCCGAGAGUUCAAGGAGAAGAGACAGGAGGAGGAAAUGGAGGCCAGGAGGAAACAGGAAGCGGAAAGCAGGAAGCACGGAGUACUAGAGGAUGGGGGUAGCGCCACGGCAACGACGACGACAACAACGGCUAAGAGGAAAGAUAUGGACGCUAGUUUGUCAUUGCUGAUCAAGAAUAUCAAGAACAAGACGGAGCAGUUCCAAGCCAAGAAGAAACAGAAGAUGUCUUGAUUAGAUUCAAAUUGAUGGACAAUUGUUGUUUUUUUUGGCUGUUUAACCUGCAGAAACCAGAACGAAAUAUUCAAAACCACUUUACUUGAUGCCGGCGUCAUCAGGAUGACAUAACUGUGUCAUGACACAGUCAUGAGCGAGUCAUAAACAUGGUGUCCUAAAUAUUUUAUGGUCAUAGAAAGUUGACGUUGUUAGGGCUGUCUUUGCCAUAACCGAAUGUCACUUGAUGAUAAAGUCAUAAAAUGUUUAUGACAUUGAAGUAAUGCUUGUGUCACAUGAAUGACUGCAUCACGACACUCGUGACAUUAUUUGUUAUGUCAUGCGUAUGACACCUGCGUCGAGUAAAGUGUUACCAAAUAUUCUCAUACCAUCCAUGAGGAAAGACAUGGAUCCUGGUCUGUCGCUGCUCAUGAAGAACAAGACUGUUUCAGACUCGGAAGAAAGAAAAUGGAAUCUGACUACCGGUACAUGGUCAUUUUGGCAAUUUAGCCCCAUAAACCUGUGGUAAAAAAAUCCAUUCAUCUAAAAAAAAAAAUCAUCUAUUUACACACAAAUGUGUGUAUUAUGAGUGUGUGAACUAAAACUCACUGCCUUAUGACUGGAGGCAUCAUCUUUUGGACAUUUUGUGGACUGUUCAGCAAUUUUAUAGCUCUACUUCAUUCAUUACUAUAGGAUAUAUACGUUUAUAACUUUUGACUUGAGCCAGUCAUCAUGAUUAAAUACAACUCAAAAAGAAGUCAAUGAACUGUUAAAAGUUUUUAUUCAUUUAUUUAUUGUUUUGAUUUUGAUACCAAUGCACACAAUCAUGAGUCUGUCAGUUGGCACUUAACUUGAACACAAGGUAGAGAAGAUAUGAGGAGUACAGGUAUGUGUACAGUAUGUGUGUACAGCGCUUCCCAAAAACCUUAUACACACUUUAAAUCAUUGUAAAUGAAGGUGUUUUCUUUAUUAUUUAUGUACGUUUUAAAGUGUAAUAGAAUUCACACACAUUGUUUUUUUGUUUUGUCGCCACCUAUUCUUAAACUGGCAUUCGUUUUGGAUUCAAAUUUAUUGGAAUUGUGCAUUCAAUUUCAGUUACUCAUUGCAGGUCUCAUUGCGAAGACAUCAGUUUGAGAAUAGGUGAUGA